CUUUUAAGUUCGCCUAGAUCGUUGCACUCGCUCUAGUCAAUCAUGAACGGCGUUCCCGAGCCUGUACCGGCCCCCACCGACUGGGAGGUCGCGCUGCAGCAGCUGCGCAUUACUAAUGAGGAGUUGCAGCGCCGGCGCCUCGAUGCAGAGAAGGACCGUGAGCUCUUCCGCGAGUUGUACAACAAGGCGUCUGCGCACGCGAGCGAGGUUGCUAAGGAGAACAGCGAGCUCCUCGAGCGCGCGCAGCUUGCGGAGGGGCGCCUGCGCGAUGGCCUCGCGAUGGUGCGCGGCACGUAUGAGGAACGCGUGCGCGCGCUGCAGGGAGAAGUCGAGCAGCUCACGGGCCUCAAUGCGAUUCUCGUCGCAAAAGACAUAAAGACGAACGGAGACGAGAUAAGACGGCGCGCGGCAGAGGAGGAGAAUCUCCGCGUAGAUAAUCAGAAGCUUAGGGCCGAGAUUGCUGAGCUACGACUCGACUAUAGGCGAAUGGAGCGCUUAUUGGAGCAGCUCGGCGAGAAAGAGCUCGAGCAGCUCACGGAACAGGAAGAGGAGAUCAAACAGAAACUGGAAACACCUGUUGCCUCUGGUAUGGCGAGCACAGAUAUGGAGACUUUUGUGAAGACAGAGACGAUCGUCACCCGGUGACUCAAGCACAGUAGGUUACU